AUAUGACUCAGCAUGUCGCGGGCACUACGCGUACGUCACUGCCGGCGUCUCGUGAGCUCGCGGUGACCGGAAGGAAGUUUAGGUGCGUUCCGCUAAUUUUGAACGACUAACGAACUGACAGUUGUCAAGACAUCCAACUGAAGACAUGACUGAAAAGACAAAUAAUUUCCCCCCACUUCCAAAGUUUAUCCCAUUGAAACCUUGCUUCUAUCAAAAUUUUGAGGAAGAGAUCCCACCAGACCACUGUCAUCUUGUCAAGAGAAUUUACCAUUUAUGGAUCUUUUACAGCAUUACCCUAGCAAUCAAUUUAAUAGGCUGUUUAGCUUGGCUGAUAGCAGGAGGUGAUGCUACCAAUUUUGGCCUGGCAAUUCUUUGGCUAGUUCUUUUCAGCCCCUGUUCAUACAUCUGCUGGCUUCGUCCAAUUUAUAAAGCAUUUAGAUCUGACAGCUCUUUUAAUUUCAUGGCGUUUUUCUUCGUAUUUGCUGCCCAGGUUGUUUUGGCAGCUUUACAAGCAAUUGGAUUCAAAGGAUGGGGAGCCUGUGGAUGGAUAGCUGCCAUAAGUUUCUUCUCAGUUAAUGUUGGUGCUGGAGUGGUAAUGCUUUUCCCUGCAAUCAUGUUCACAGCAGUAGCGAUUCUGAGUGCACUUAUUAUUUUCCGUGUGCACAGAAUAUACCGAAGUGGUGGUGGAAGCUUUCAGAAGGCCCAAGAAGAAUGGAGUGCUGGCACAUGGCAAAAUCCACCACCAAAGCAAUUAGCAUUUCAAACUGUUACUGGCAAUACUCUACCCCAAUAUCCCACAGUACCAAGAUACCCCUGUCAUGAUGAGUGGUCUUAGGGUAUGAACGUUAAAGAGAAAAGUACUUUACUUACCUUCUGUGAUACCAUUUUACAUUAAAUCACAAAUUAACAUUUCCUAACAGAAAAAGUAAAUAUCUGGUAUUGUGCUAUGUACUGAAAAGUUAAACCUUCUUUCAUUGGAACUUGCAGUACAAAAGCCUCAAAAUCAUGAGUAGUGGCAUUGGAAAAUGCUUUUCUUGCCUGCUUUCUUAUGUAUUAUGUAUACAUAAUUUUUGAUUCUGGGAUUGAGAUUUGUGGUCAGUGCUCUCUGCUGUAGAAUUGGAUUUCAAAAAGACAUUAAAUUGCAUGUGAAUACUCCCAAAUUUAGUUUGUAAUUUUAAAAGUUGAAGUAUAUUGUUCUCUUUUUAAUUUGAUCAUGACCUAGAGUUAGACUGCAUUGCCAACUCUCCAGUAAAAUCUGAACAAAAUGUAGAGCAGUCGAGCUGUAGCAGUGAAAAUACAGCAGGUAUUUAAGUGUCAUUAGAACAGUGCUGGAAAUAUUGAGUUGGGCAGGAAGUAUCUGAAGAGGAACGUUAAUAUUUCAGGUUGAUGCUGUUUUGUCAUACCCGAAAUGCUAAGACUCUCCAUAGUUGCUGCUGAUGAACAGAUUAUUUACAGAAUUUUCUGUUUUUAUUUUGGAUUUCCAGCACUGCAGUAUUUUUGCUUUUGUAUAUGUGUUUGAUGUCAUUUCCCAGAAAUCAACUGAAGAUAAUAAUUUAAAGUUUUGUUUUCGAUCACUGGUAAUUUCUUCAGUUUGUUCUUUAAAUGAAUAGUUUGUGCACCACUAAUGAUCUAUUUUGCUAUUUGCUCUCAGAGAUGUCAAAACUGUUAUCAGUAGAUUCAAAUUGAUAGCCAGGAGUAAUUUUGGCAGUCGGCCUUAGGUUCUGAAUCCUUUGCAACUUCUGUUAUUGAAUCACUCCUAGCAUCUAGUGUUCUUUUCUGUAAUGGAAUUUCAUUUACAGAUUACCUCACCAAUUAGUAAAGACCCUGCACGUUUACUUUAAUAUGUGCAAGUUCCAAAAAAAAUUAGUAUGUUUGUUUUAAUAUCAGUACACAAUUAUACAUGUAUAUGUUUAUUAAAUAAUCAUAAUUUGAAUGUGCUUUUGCUCAGGACAGGUGCUGUGGGAGGCAACGUGCAUUUAGCCAAGAAUUUGAACAAUUUGUGAGAUGAUUUAUGGAUAAACUUGAUUAUCUGUAAUGAACAUAAUUGCAGAUAUGCUUUAAUGCAGUCCUGGUUCGGAGGGGUGAUGGUAAAUAACAUCUAAUUACUACUCAACUUUUCAUAAAAUCAAAACUAUAUUUGGAAGAUUGUUCUGGAUAUUAACGAUAAUGGAAACCAUUAUUUGAAAAUUAUGAUUUCCAGUGUGGGUAGCAGGACUGAGAGACACUUAGAAACAUAGUGGCUCCUUGAUAUAUUGAAUCACACCAAUUAUGGGGCCAUUAUUUUGGCACAAAUCAUUUGUGUUAUUGUUUGCAUAAGUUUUAAGCUGACAUGCUGUUUAACAAGCCAUUAUUUCUGUGAAGUUUACUUAGCCAGUUUUUUGAAACUUGUUCAAUGUGAUAAUUACACUAUGAAUACUUUGGCCUUAAAAUGUGAUUUAGUGAAUAGCUGAGAAACUGUUACUGCAUUAACUGUAAUCUGAAACGUACAGUUUUUGCCUGUGUUUGGAAAACUCACCGUAUACUUAAAAUAUUUACAACAGCAGACAUACUAAAUGACAAGUGAUAUGGAUGAUUAACCAAUAUAAACUGUAGGCAUCUGAAAAAUUUUGAAAUAUUUACAUUGUUUGACAUUCUUGAUAUUGCCUGAUGUGAAAACUCAUCCCCUAAUCCUGUACUUAAGUUGAAGGCUUGUUUCCAUCAGUUACCAAGCAUGAAGGUUUUUCAUAACACCUAAUCCAAACAAACUUUUUAUGUAAUGUUAGACAUUAGUUCUACGUAUGCAACUUUUCUUGAUCUCAAAAGAAAAAACAUUCCAGGAUAUUAUUAAACUUUGUCACGCUGACUUGGAAAUGUGAUUCGAGAUAUGAUGACUUUUACUUAUGAACUGUCAUGAAGUUAGUUAAACUUUGUGUAUGCCGUAUCAAAAACAAAUCCAAGUUUUCUCAUUCAAUGCUGGAAUAUUUCAAUCUGUAAUAUGUUUACUGCUUAUUGGAAAAUGAUAAAGAUAGUUGCAUUUUCAAAAUUAA